CUCGUGAUCACAACACUGCAGGAUGACUGGUCUCAGCUGUUAUCUCGCUAUCAGGAGAAACAGCGCGGAUUAUGAAGUCAGACUCCUAUAAAUUGGUGAUGAACAGUUUGUAUGAUUGUUAAUGCAGAUGUCUCCAUUGAAGAAACUACACUUGGUGCUUGUUAGGAAGGAGAAUAUUACUGUAUGACCAAGUCCAGCAGACAAUUUCCAAAACUUAUACAUCAGUACAGCUGGCCAACCAGCACCAGUAAUAGACAGGGUUUAUUGACCCCAGUAUUAUAUUUUACAAUUGCUUUUUAUUGAGAGCAUUUAAGUUUCAUAAUAUUUAGAAUGAAAUUAGAUGUGUACAUUUGAUUAAUGAAUUUGAUAGGUCACUCAGAUUCUAGACGACACUUAGAAGGGAAAUUGGGAUUUUUAAAACAAACUUGAUAACUGGGAUUCGCAGCAAUGGAGCGCGAAGAAGCAGAGCAAAGACUUCUUGAAGAAAGUGAUGACGAAGCAGUUGGAAUACCCGUAGAUAGAUAUAAUGGAGUUUAUAUCAUAUUUGGCAUUCUUGGACUAGGAUCGCUGUUGCCAUGGAAUUUUUUCAUCACUGCCAAAGAGUACUACCUAUUCAAGCUGAGGAACCUGACAUUGUCCACAGACGAUGUGGACAAUCCUCAAAUGCAGACAGAGAUGCAGACAAUGUUCGAGGGGUCAGUUGCGGUUGCUGCUACAUUGCCAAAUGUUAUCUUUAAUUUUCUGACUGCUAUGUUUACACAAAGGUUACCUUUAAAAGGUCGAAUGAUUGUUUCAUGUCUGACUGUUUUCGUGAUGUUUAUUUUGACACUGUCCUUUGUCAACAUCAAUACUGACACAUGGCAGCUGCCAUUCUUUGUUUCAACUCUUGUCACAGUUGUCAUUCUCAGUGCUGGGAGUGCUGUGUUCACAGCUUCCCUGUUUGGUUUGGCUGGGACGUUUCCCCCCAGGUACAUGCAGGCCGCAGUUAGUGGGCAGGCUGUUGGUGGACUAUUCGCUGCCGUUGCCAAUCUGUUGACUUUACUGGCUGGAUCAACACAUCUACACAGUGCCUUUGCCUACUUUACAGCAGCAACCGUAGUUUCCUUUAUAACGUUAGCCUGUUAUAUACUCCUGUAUUACAUAAAAUUUUCCAAGUUUCAUUUAGAAAUAAAUGUUACAAUACAAGAGGACGGUUUUGCCAGUUCUUCAGCUGACAGUAUAUCACAGAGAUCAUCUUAUGUAUUUAAUGUUCUAAGGAAGAUUUGGCCGGAGGCGUUGGCUGUAUUCAUUACCUUUUCUGUAUCCUUAAGUUGUUUCCCAGCGAUCUCUUCAUCUAUAACCUCACUACAUAAAGAUAGCUCAGAUUUGACAGGGAAGUACUUCACAGUCAUUGUGUGUUUCCUAUUGUUUAAUUUGGGAGAUUGUGUUGGCCGGGUAGUAGGUGGCCAAUUCCAAUGGCCAAAGAUUUCCCAGCCAUCGUUACUGGUUGUGCUGUCAUUUCUUCGUGUGGUAUUCAUUCCUUUUUUGAUGUUGUGUAACGCCCAGCCUCGUGCCCACCUACCUGUUGUAUUCACUAGCGACGUGUAUCCUGUAGUAAUGAUACUACUACUCGGACUGACCAAUGGCUACUUGUGUACACUCUGUAUGAUGUAUGGGCCAAAGAAAGUGUUGUUGGAGAACGCAGAGUUUGCUGGGGCGGCCAUGUCAGUGUGUAUCACUGUCGGCCUGGCGACAGGCUCUCUCAUCUCCUUACUGCUUGUUAAGAUGCUGUAGGACAUUGAAAACCCAGUUUCUGUGGAGAUGAACUUAACAAUUCCUUUGGCCAUAUGAAACCAGAUUUUUGAUACCCAUUGCCUUGAAGUUAGGGAAUCCCAAGCUGUAUGUCAAUUCUGUCUCAUCUGCAACACAAAGUCGCAACUAGGAGACUACAUGGUUACUUUAUCAUGGAUUAGAUCUUGGUGUCGUUACCAUGGUUAUUUGAAUGGAUUGUAAUGAUCUGGAAUGUUGUAAAUCUGACCUAGUUGUGUUAUUAUGCUUGUAUUACUCAGGUCAAUUUUUAUUGAGCUCAAUUUGAUUAGUAGAAAAGUAAAAGUACCAUUGUUGAUGUAAUGCGAUAUUCAUUAUCAUCUGUGUGUAAAAGCACUUUUUCUGUGAUGUAUGCAAGAUAUAUAUAUAUAUAUAAUCUCAACUUUUUAUAUAUAAAUCAUAACAAUGAAGUUGUACAUGCUGUAUGGCUAUGGUUGCUGUAAUGAAAAUUAUUGUUUCAGUGAUCAUUGCUUCAUAAACAGUGUUCAUUAUUUGUGUUUAUGUAAUAUUGAAUUAUGAAACUUUGGUAUUAAUUUCUUAUGCAAAAGAAACUAUUGUGAUAUUAAGUUCAACAAAAUUCAAUAUCAUAAAAGUGUUAGUUCCACCACAAAAAUACCUGAUAUACACAACAUGAUUUAUUUUACAACAGUUAGGAGACAAUAUGUUGACAGUUUAUAUUCAUUGUCUACUGGGAUGUUUAUGUAAGGGGGUUGUGAUGUUGUAGGAAAUAAAAGCCAACUAAGGAAUGUUGAUGUUGAAGUGCAGGGGACUCCAUACCUAGUCGUGUCAAGUUACCGAUGUUCCUGUGAUGAUCCUUCGUGGUAUCUGUAGUUAUACUGGCAUCAGUCAUAGAAGGAUCCAAGUGACACCACAAUAUAAGGUAGCAUACAGAAUCAGAACCUUUACAAGUAUGUUUUUGGUGCUGAAAGAGACGGGGUCAGGUUUCCCAUGGUUUGUAAAACACUGUCACAGUGUGUAGUCCAGGUACCACUUCAAUCCCGUUAUUGUGACUAUUUGUUAGAUACCAGGUAAAUAAAGACACAGGGUCUUAGUAACUAACACUGCCUCAUCUGUCCAUGUUCUUAGAUUUGUUGAAGGACGAACCUCAGAACUAUUUGUGUUGUUAAGAAAAUAAUGAAUAAUUUGAGAUAAUAUGAUUGAUUACCAUACUUGUGCUGUAUUUUAUUUUUGGCAUUACAGCUGUACUUAUUUUUUAAUUGUACUUAUUGGCGAGUUAUAAAUUGGUGCAAUGGUUGUUAAAUAUUUCUAUAUCUAUAUAUGUAUAUACAAUAUAUCUAGAUUUGCAUGUCAAUGUCACUAUAUCAACUACCAGGUAACUGGAAUGAGGUGUGAUCUAAAGGAGUGUUAUUAUGUCAUAGUUAUAGCCAUGGAACCGAAGCAGUCGGAAUGAUAUUUGUAGGUAGUGGAUAAGUGGAUACAUCUCUCCAUCCAACUGAUAACUGAUAGAGUCAUUAUCAGUUGGAUGGAGAGACUUAUCAAAGUGCUUUUAAAGUAAGAAUAUCAGACCCUGUUUGAUAUACUGACGCUUCGGCUGUAUGUUUCCUGAAUGUCGUCUUAUUACCUCAUUUUGUUGGAGCUGUCUUUGUUUGAAGAGUUUAAAAUUCCUAUACUGGGUAUGCAUUAUUUUGCCUUACAAAUGAAGCAUUCAAAAAGAUAUAAAGAAGAUGGUAUGGAAUAAGCUAACACACAUCCUGCUAAUAUGGUUAGAUGUAAUUUCCUUAAAAGCUUAAUAAUGAUGUAGUUUUAAAGUGUGUCCUCAAUGAUACUUUGAAAAUUUAUUUGUCAUGUGAAUUUGAUCUGUGUUUUAAUAUCUCAGCAGCUGUUUGUCAGUUUAAAUAUUAUAUAUUAGUUUGAAUAUAGAUCUGAUUAAUAUAACUCCUUACAUUACUUUUGUUUUUAUGAUUGGUACGAGUGUACCAUUGCUUAUAGUACUGUACAGGAAACUUUCACCUAAUCGGAGGGCAUUUAUAGUACUGUACAGGAAAUAUUGUGUAUCGAGAAACUUUCACCCAAUCGGAGGGCAAAGUUUACAAUGUAAUGAAAGUUAAACUUUUCAUAACUCUAUCUCAAAUACAGUCAGGGUGAAUUUCAAGUGUCAAAAAUUCAUUUUUUGUCAGAGGAGGAAAAUUUCUUCAUAUACAGUGUAACUUUAGAACAAUUUAUUAAAUAAUUUUGAUCUGUAUAACAUUAGCUAAGGAAUAUGAUCUGAUUGUUCUUCUGUCUGUAAAUCUGGUAAAAUCUCUGUCAACAUUGUUGGUAAAAUCUCUGUCAACAUUGUUGGUAAAAUCUCUGACAUUGUUGGUAAAAUCUCUGACAUUGUUGGUAAAAUCUCCGACAUUGUUGGUAAAAUCUCUGUCAACAUUGUUGGUAAAAUCUCUGACAUUGUUGGUAAAAUCUCUGUCAACAUUGUUGGUAAAAUCUCUGUCAACAUUGUUGGUAAAAUCUCCGACAUUGUUGGUAAAAUCUCCGACAUUGUUGGUAAAAUCUCCGACAUUGUUGGUAAAAUCUCUUGACAUUGUUGGUAAAAUCUCUGACAUUGUUGGUAAAAUCUCUGACAUUGUUGGUAAAAUCUCCGACAUUGUUGGUAAAAUCUCCGACAUUGUUGGUAAAAUCUCCGACAUUGUUGGUGAAAUCUCUGACAUUGUUGGUGAAAUCUCUGACAUUGUUGGUAAAAUCUCUUGACAUUGUUGGUAAAAUCUCCGACAUUGUUGGUAAAAUCUCCGACAUUGUUGGUAAAAUCUCUGACAUUGUUGGUAAAAUCUCUUGACAUUGUUGGUAAAAUCUCCGACAUUGUUGGUAAAAUCUCUGACAUUGUUGGUAAAAUCUCUGUCAACAUUGUUGGUAAAAUCUCCGACAUUUUUGGUAAAAUCUUUGACAUUGUUGGUAAAAUCUGUCAACAUUGUUGGUAAAAUCCCUGACAUUGUUGGUAAAAUCUCCGACAUUGUUGGUAAAAUCUCCGACAUUGUUGGUAAAAUCUCUUGACAUUGUUGGUAAAAUCUCUUGACAUUGUUGGUAAAAUCUCUGACAUUGUUGGUAAAAUCUCUGUCGACAUUGUUGGUAAAAUCUCUGACAUUGUUGGUAAAAUCUCUGACAUUGUUGGUAAAAUCUCCGACAUUGUUGGUGAAAUCUCUGACAUUGUUGGUGAAAUCUCUGACAUUGUUGGUAAAAUCUCUUGACAUUGUUGGUAAAAUCUCCGACAUUGUUGGUAAAAUCUCUUGACAUUGUUGGUAAAAUCUCUGACAUUGUUGGUAAAAUCUCUGACAUUGUUGGUAAAAUCUCUGUCGACAUUGUUGGUAAAAUCUCCGACAUUGUUGGUAAAAUCUCCAACAUUGUUGGUAAAAUCUCUGACAUUGUAAUUUGUUGGUAAAAUCUGUCAACAUUGUUGGUAAAAUCUCUGACGUUGUUGGUAAAAUCUCUGUCAACAUUGUUGGUAAAAUCUCUGUCAUUGUUGGUAAAAUCUCCGACAUUGUUGGUAAAAUCUCCGACAUUGUUGGUAAAAUCUCCGACAUUGUUUGUAAAAUCUCCGACAUUGUUGGUAAAAUCUCCGACAUUGUUGGUAAAAUCUCCGACAUUGUUGGUAAAAUCUCCGACAUUGUUGGUAAAAUCUCUGACAUUGUUGGUAAAAUCUCUGUCGACAUUGUUGGUAAAAUCUCCGACAUUGUUGGUAAAAUCUCCGACAUUGUUGGUAAAAUCUCUGACAUUGUAAUUUGUUGGUAAAAUCUGUCAACAUUGUUGGUAAAAUCUCUGACAUUGUUGGUAAAAUCUCUGACGUUGUUGGUAAAAUCUCUGUCAACAUUGUUGGUAAAAUCUCUGUCAUUGUUGGUAAAAUCUCCGACAUUGUUGGUAAAAUCUCCGACAUUGUUGGUAAAAUCUCUGACAUUGUUGGUAAAAUCUCCGACAUUGUUUGUAAAAUCUCCGACAUUGUUGGUAAAAUCUCCGACAUUGUUGGUAAAAUCUCCGACAUUGUUGGUAAAAUCUCCGACAUUGUUGGUAAAAUCUCCGACAUUGUUGGUAAAAUCUCUGACGUUGUUGGUAAAAUCUCUUGCGUAUAUUUGUCUCUGUUAUUGUCUCAUAAUAAGAAAGCACUAAGUGCUGCACAUUACAGGAAAUAUUCAGUUUUUCUGGACAAGACUGGUAGGUACAAUUCGUAUGUGUAUCUUCAAACUUGCUACACGAUGUCUUCUUUAAAGUCAAUGUAAAAAUGAUAUUUUUUAGUACCAGGUAAGUAAUAGACUAUAUAUGUAGAUUAUGCCAAAUUAUUGUCCAAAACAAAAUUCAAAACAAUGGAUCGUAUUUACUUUUUUAUAAAAUUGCUGCAAUGAAUUUGUAAUAAACGUUAUUCUGUUAUUGAAAUGAAA